GUAUAGCGUCUCUCUCUCUGCAUCUAAAACAAAAUCUUAAAAAGUAGGCGUUUGGAUCCAAAAUAAAGAAGAUGACUUCUUCAUCUAUCACGCUUACUCUUCUUCUUCUUUGUAUUGUUCUUGCAGUAAGCCCAAAUCCGUCGUUGGCCUUGAGUAGUAGCAACAAAACAGAGGAGACGGUCACGCGGUACAGCACAUACGUCAGGAACGCGUGCAGCGUAACGCAAUACCAACGGCUCUGCGUGCGGAAGCUGUGGCCGUUUGCGAUCGUGGCGAGAAACAAGACGAGCAAGUGGACGAGAGCAAGCGUGGCGGUGACAAUAACGGACACAAAGCGGAUCUUGAGAGUACUGCUCAGAACGCGGGGUUCAGCCGUGGAGGAACGCGAGAGGAUCGCCCUAUCGGAUUGCAGAGAGCUAUUCGUCGACUCCUUGGACAAUCUGUACAAGUCGCUCGCCGUGCUGCGGACACUGAACGCCGACGAGUUUCAGCGGCAGAUGAGCGAUCUGGCCACGUGGCUGAGCGCAGCUCUCACGGAUGAAGACACGUGUCUUGAUGGGUUCGAAGAGACGUCGAGCAGGUCGCGGACGGUCAGGAUGGUCCGGAGGAAGGCCACCAAGUGUAUGCAAUUAUGCAGCAAUGCUCUCGCUCUCCUCAACAAGCUUUCUUCCGAUGGCUUCUAAAUCUACUCUCCUCUUGUCAUCGUUUCAAUUCAUAUACUUUUAAUUUAUUAGAAUUAUACAAACUAUGUAUGUAAUAGUAUGAUUGUAAAACUCACACAGACACUUAUCAUGAAUUUUUAUGAUUUCAUUAUAAUUAAUUUUCAUUUGGCCUCUCGGCCUAUAUACUA